AUAAUGAUUUAUUAGACUACAUGUUAGAAAACCUAAGGAUUUCUAGAUCUCCUAAAAGAUCUGUGUAGGUUGGCAAGUGGUAACAUUCAUAAAUGGAGUUGUACCACAAUUCCAACACAAGGUGGUGCUAUUACACAACAAAGACCGUAUUUUCAGAGAGCUGCAGCCAUUAGACAAAGCAAUCUUAAAAAGAAAGGCCAUUUGCUGAUUAUAAUCCAAAGGAACAGACCUCUGCAUCUGUUUCAAAACAGCUAAGGACGGAUUGGCCUUGAAGGUGUGUAAUUCAAGAAAGGAAAUUCUGGACAGAUACUUCUUCUAAUUUGAACUGACUGGAAGUGAAGCUGGAACAAUGGAAAUGCACAAAAGGCAAGUUUUGAGUUUGGUUCUGUAUUUCUGCAUGUGUAUUGCAAUGUGUCAACCCAUCCUCUAUUCAGUGCCAGAGGAAAAGAAAAGUGGGUCUCUAGUAGCUAAUGUGUUGAAAGAUUUGAAAGUGGAUGCAAAGGAACUUUUUGCUCGAAGAGCCCAGCUGGUUUCUAAGAGCUCCAAACAGUAUUUCCAUCUGGAUCCACAUUCUGGGGAUUUGAUAUUAAAGGACAAAAUAGACCGAGAGUCUCUGUGUGGUCAGAAUGAUCCUUGUCUUCUAUUCUCUGAAAUUGUGCUUGAAAACCCAUUGCAGCUGCAGAGAAUCAAAGUUCAAAUACAAGAUGUCAAUGAUAAUACCCCUAAAUUCUCAAAAAUGGAAUUCAUUUUUGAGAUACCUGAGCAGGUACCAGUGAACACUCGAUUCCCUUUGGAGAGAGCGCAGGAUUCAGAUAUAGGAGAAAAUGCUGUACAAAAUUACACACUUAGUCCUAAUGAACAUUUUAGACUGGAUGUCCAAAGGAACAGUGAUGGAAGCAAAUAUACAGAACUGGUAUUGGAGAAGCAGUUAGAUCGUGAGGUGAAUCCACAGAUUACCCUAAUUCUUUCAGCUGUUGAUGGAGGGAUCCCUAAACGAACUGGAACAGCACAAAUUAUCAUUGAUGUUCUGGAUGCUAAUGAUAAUUUUCCUCAAUUUGAACAAUCUGAGUACAAAGUGAAGCUAAUGGAAAACAGCCCAUUGGAUACACUGGUCACCAAAGUGGAAGCCACUGACAUGGAUCUUGGUCCCUAUGCUCACCUCACUUACUCAUUCAGUGAAGUGCCAGAAAGUGUGCUAAGAUCAUUCAACUUAAACAAAAAGACUGGGGAAAUUACCGUUUCAGGGACAAUUGAUUAUGAAGAAAACAGAAAUUAUGAUCUGCGUAUCAGAGCUACGGAUGGAGGAGGUCUUUCUGCUUACUGCAAAGUCAUUGUGGACAUUGAAGAUGAGAAUGACAAUGCCCCAGAGAUAUCAAUCACUUCCAUCACCAGUUCAUUACCUGAGGACUCUCCCCCAGACACAAUGGUGGCCCUCUUCAGUGUCACAGACGUGGACUCUGGAGAAAGUGGCAGAACUGCCUGCACCACAGAAACAAACCUGCCAUUUGUGCUCAAACCCACAGAGAACAACUAUUACCAGCUGGUGACCCAACAGCCACUGGACAGAGAACAAGCCUCUGAGUAUAAUAUCACCAUCACAGCCACUGACAGAGGCUCCCCCAGACUCACUUCCACAAGAAUAGUUCAUGUUCAAAUCUCAGAUGUCAAUGACAACCCUCCAGUGUUUGAAAAGCCAUCCUAUGAAAUGCAGUUAAGAGAAAACAAUAUUCCUGGUCUUCUGAUCGGUUUCGUCCAUGCUGUUGAUCUGGACACAGCACAGAAUGCCAAAGUGACCUACUCGCUUUUGCCAGGGAAGGUCAAUGAUGGCCCCACUUCCUCUUACAUCUCCAUCAACUCUGAAACGGGGAACCUGUAUGCCAUUCGGUCUCUGGAUUAUGAGGAGGUAAAAGAUUUCCAUGUGACGGUGAGGGCUGUGGAUUCAGGUUCCCCUCCACUGAGCUCAGAAGUUACGAUCCACGUUCAAGUUGUGGAUGAAAAUGACAAUGCCCCCUUCAUCCUCUACCCUCUCCAGAAUGGCACUUCCCCCUCGAAUGACCUGGUUCCCCGAGGGGCAGAGACUGGCUACCUGGUCACCAAGGUGGUGGCUGUGGACAGGGAUUCUGCUCAGAACUCUUGGCUUUCCUAUCAGCUGCUGAAGGCCACAGAACCGGGUCUGUUCACGGUGGGGGCCCAGAAUGGAGAAGUGACCACCCUGAGGCCAGUCCGUAACCGAGACAGCUUCAAGCAGAAUCUGGUUGUGGUCGUCCGAGACAACGGCCAUCCUCCCCAGUCCACCUCUGCCACGCUCAGAAUCCUUCUAGUGGACGGCUUCUCUGACCCUUAUCUGAAAAGUGUGGCUCUCCCAAAGGAGGAAACAGCGGAGGAGGAAGACCCCAACCUGACUAUGUAUUUGAUCAUCUGCUUGGCUGCCAUCUCAAGCAUCUUUCUCAUUUCUGUAGUGGCAUUUAUUGCAAUCAAGAUGCAGAAACGUGAAAAGUUCAUAGCAACCUACAACUCUGCAGCCAAUUUCCCUGUGGGACCAGAUUCCCAGGAGAUCUCUGCGGAUCCUGGUGCUGGAUCUCUAUCUCAGGCUUACAACUAUGAGGUGUGCUUAGCUGGUGGGUCUCUGAACAGCGAGUUCCGGUUUCUCAGGCCCCUAUUUCCUGUUUUCUCUGUGGAGCCUCCUAACACUCAGCUGAAUCCAAGGAGUUCCAAUGAUUCUGAAGGAGUCCCAAGUCAUCCAGAGGAAAAUCAGGAUAUGUUCCAGGUGAGAAUAUUGCUUAUAUACAGUAGUUUUCAUAUGUUCAUUUUUUAGAUGUUUAGUA